UGGGAGGGUGCAUGGGUAAAGGCUAGAGCAGUCAGUGCGGCAUCUGUUGGGCAAAAUGAGGGGAAAGUGGGUGGCACGCUAACCGGGACAUUAUCGUUAAAUCAAUGCCUUACACUCUUUGGCUUUAAAGUUAUUUGAUGUCUUGUUUCCUUGGGUGAUAGUUGUCGUCCAAAUGUGGCGUCUUCUAGUAUCUAUUCGUCUCAGGACGUGGUGGCGCAGUCACUGCAGUCGCGAGCCCGGUCACCGCUCAAUCCUCGCGGAGGCCCCCUGAGUGAGUGAGUGAGUUAGUGAGUGAAUGAAUACCGAAGCGGACGAUCGGCAUCCAUCUUCAUCUUAUCAAGCAAUCAGUCUUACUAUGGUUCCUAAGUGCUUACUAUGAUCCUUAACUUUUUGGGCAGUUUGGGUGAUCCUUAUCCUAUGUGUGCAAUUAUUUCUAUGUGGGCAGGGAGGGAGGAGCAAGAGCCUUAUUCUAUGUUGUGGGCGGGGAGGGAAGAAGAGCAGUAUUCUAUGUCGUUGGCGGGUAGGGUAUAUUCUAUGCCUUGGGCAGGGAGGGGGCAAGAGCCUUAGUCUAUGUCGUGGGCAGUUAGUGUGGAGCAAGAGCCCUAUUUCUAUUAUAAAUAUGUUGUCGUGGGCGGGGCGGAGGGAGCAGCGACCUUAUUCUAUGUUGUCGUGGGCAGGGAGGAUACAAGAGCAUUGCGCGCUGUCAUGGGCGGGGAGG